AUGUUUUAGUUCGAGUUUAGCCAUGUAGUUUUCUAGCGUGUACAUUUUUCUGCUUUUUGUUGUUGUUGUUUUGUUUUGUUUUGUUCUGUUCUGUUCUGUUCUGUUCUUUGCUUUUGUUAGUACGCUUGCACAAGGAACGUGUGUCAACGUCCAGCUACAGAAAGUCCAUAAACGCAAGCUGUAGAUACUUUUUGAUGAUUUUGACUCACAUGACACUCACAUGAAUGACACUUCCUUAUUAAAGUGUGCAGACAGGGCAGAGGCAGAGUCAGGGCAGAGGCAGGGGAUUAUAGGAGUAAAAUGGAGAUCCGAAGUGUGAAUUACGCAUUUCUCCUCUUCUGGACUAUCAGCUUUAUUGGGACCGCUGAGACCCACAAUGUUUCGACUCCAAAUAUUAUCAUAAUGCUUAUGGAUGAUAUGGGAUGGGGUGAUCUAGGUGUAUUUGGUGAGCCCUCUAAAGAAACCCCACAUCUGGAUACGAUGGCCUCUCAGGGGAUGCUGUUCCCCAACUUCUACUCUGCAAAUCCACUCUGCUCUCCAUCCAGAGCCGCAUUGCUGACCGGGCGUCUUCCCAUUCGGAACGGAUUCUACACCACCAACGCUCAUGCCAGGAAUGCCUAUACACCUCAAGAGGUCGUGGGAGGAAUUACUAAGGAUGAGAUCCUGUUGCCUCAGAUCUUAAAAAAACAAGGCUAUGUCAGCAAGAUCGUUGGCAAGUGGCACCUUGGACACAGAGAGCAGCACUUGCCUCUGGAGCACGGUUUUGACCAGUUCUUCGGUUCUCCACACUGCCAUUUCGGACCCUAUAAGGAAAGUGAUCGUCCCAACAUCCCUGUUUAUAACAACUCCCAAAUGAUUGGAAGGUACUAUGAGGAAUUUAAAAUCAACAGGAAAACCGGGGAGUCAGAGCUCACACAGUACUUUUUACAGGAAGCAUUGGACUUCGUCUCGCACCAAAACACAGCCCAUCAGCCUUUUUUUCUCUACUGGGCACCAGAUGCCACACACGAUCCAGUUUAUGCUUCCAAGCAAUUCCUGGGUCAAAGUCAGCGGGGACUCUAUGGUGAUGCUGUGAUGGAGCUGGACCACAGUGUGGGGAAGAUUUUGGCUCACCUGGUUGACCUGAGCAUCGAAAACAACACAUUUGUGUUCUUCACUUCCGAUAACGGUGCUGCAGUGAUGUCUGGACCAGGACAAAGUGGCAGUAAUGGCCCAUUCCUGUGCGGAAAGGAGACGACUUUUGAGGGAGGAAUGAGGGAGCCUGCUAUUGCUUGGUGGCCUGGACGAAUCCCAGCAGGCACGGUCAGUUAUCAGCUGGGCACCGUGAUGGAUCUCUUCACUACCAGCCUUGCUCUAGCCGGCCUUAAUGCUCCUGAAGACCGGGUAAUCGAUGGCCUGGAUCUGAGUUCCACCCUCUUUAACAAAUCAUUAACAGAAAGGCCCGUUUUCUAUUACCGUGGCAAUGAGAUGAUGGCAGUGCGGGUCGGGCUGUACAAGGCACAUUAUUGGACGUGGACCAACUCGUGGGAGGAGUUUAAACAGGGUGUAAACUUUUGCCCUGGCCAGGAGGUCCUUGGAGUCACCAAUCACACCCAGCAGGAGCAUACCAUGCAGCCACUCAUCUUCCAUCUGGGACGGGACCCGGGCGAGAAACAACCAAUCAAUGUCCUGUCAGAGGAAUAUCUGCAAGUUCAGAGAUGGAUCAAUACCGUAGUGGAGCAGCAUAAGGUGACGCUCGUGCCUGGAGAGCCACAGUUGGACAUGUGUGAUCUGGCGGUGAUGAACUGGGCUCCACCAGGAUGUGAGAAGUUGGGGAAGUGUCUCAAACCACCACCAUCUCAUCCACAAAAAUGUGACUGGCCCCACUGAUGCAUCCAAUAAAUAUAUUUAUAUAAUAAGACUGAAUAAACUGACAUUACUGGCCAGAUAAAAAAAAAAAAAAAACAACAACAACUCGUAAGCACUGUAAAGUUUCGUGUGUGUGUGUAUUUAUCUAAAGAUUCUGACUAUGUUAAGUUUGCUAAUUUUAUGGUAGUUUUCUCCUUAUGAUAUUUUAACACAAUAGAAAUAUACAGUGCUGCAGACGUUUAGAAUUGAUAGUUUUACAUCUUUGUUAAAGGAUUAUCUGGUCUGCCGUUCACCGGUUUUAUUUCUACUGCUUUGUCAUGUGACUUGGCUGUGAAAACGUCCUGUUUUCAAGAGUGUGUUUCAAUUUGAUAUCGUGUUCCCUACCGGCACGAUCUUUGAUUAAAUGAGGAUUUAGCCAUAUUUCAGCAUUUCUCAGUGUAAAAGUUGUGCUGAGACAAUGUUCAGAUCAUGUUUGUCGUUUAGUGAUAUCCCAUGACGCACCUCCUGACUAAUCCAGAGCAUCUCAGAAUGUUUAUCUCAUAACUCCUAAAGUGAUGUACACGUUAAGCUUGGGUAGAUUAAGCAAGUAUUACUUUAAUUUGUCAGUGGGAAAAUGAAACGUGACUGACUCAGUAGCUGAUGAUAAGCCAAAAAUAAAAGGGGGAAAAAAAAGAUAGACAUUGCUAGAGAAGAUGGCGUCGUCUUUGAGUCGGAUACAGGGUCCUGACAAAAACUCCUCGAGUUUCUACAGAAAGCAUAUUUUAAUGAAAUAAUUAUGUAAAUACUAAUAUAAUAAUCAGUUUACUCUCUGUUAAGCACGUUCUUUUCAUGUAUACAUGAGUUUUCUGGGUUCUCUGGUUUCUUUCCACUUCCCAAACACAUUCCAGUUGGUGGACUGGCUACUUUGAAUCACCCGUAGGACUGGUUCUGUACGGCCCUGUGACGGACCGGCGUCCUCUCUAGGACACGUUCAUGUUAUAUAGCCCUGUGCUAUGAGGAUAAACUCUGUAUCCACUGUGAGCGUGAGCAGGAUAACAUGCUCAUGGAAGAUGAUUUUCUGAAUAAAGGAUAUUUUUUACUCAUGUUGAAA